AUGAGUGUUGGUAACGUAGCAGUGAGGAGGCCGCACCGCCAGUGGGAGGCUGGGACCGUGGCUAGCGAGUGCGAGCAGCGCCCGGCGCCGGCGCCGCCCCCGCAGCCGCUGUGCGCGGCGGCGGCCGCGAGGCUCCACGGCGGCUGGCGGCGGCCCCCGGCUAGCGGACAGCCCUCCGCCCCCAGCGCCACGGCCAAGCUGCAGCUCUGCCUGCGGCCGCCCGCCGGGGGCGGCGGGGGCGGCGGCGGCGGCUUCGGCCAGCGCGUCGCGGACCUGCCCGGCGGGCCCCCGCCGCCCGAAGACGGCGCCUUCCUGGCGACGCCGCUCAAGCCGGGCCCCGGCGCCAGCCCCUCGGGGGCGGCGUCGGCUACUCAGGCGCGCGUGCAGCGGCGGCGCGGAGGCCUGGGGCGAGACGUGCGCGGCAGCCCCCGCCUCGGCGGCCGGGAUCCCGCGCCCUGCCCCCGCGCCGCCCCCGCUGCCCCUCGCAUCGCGCCCACCGCAGCCGCCGCCGCCGCAGCCGCCGCCGCCCACGCCACGCACGCCCCCGCGCAGUCUCCGCCGCCCGACAGCGAGCAAGGGGAUCCGCCUCCCAGGAAGGUGCGCCGGCCCUUCUACCGCCGCUUCCUCAGCUACGUAAAGCAGGCGUGGACCGGCGUCAAAUUCGCUCUAGACCCUGAGCUGGAGGACUUGGAGACGCCGCCACGCUACCGGCCCGACAGCCUGGAGGCGCUGUGCAAGGCGACGCGCUUCACCGAGGACGAGCUGAAGCGCAUCUACCGCGGCUUCAAGGCCGAGUGCCCCACCGGCGUCGUGCGCGAGGACACCUUCAAGGGCAUCUACUCGCGCUUCUUCCCGCAGGGCGCGAACGCAGGCCACUACGCCCACUACGUGUUCAACACGCUGGACCAGGACCACAGCGGCCUGCUCAGCUUCGAGGACUUCGUGGUAGGCCUGAGCAUCUUGUCCCGCGGCACGCUGGACGAGAAGCUGCGCUGGACGUUCUCGCUGUACGACAUCAACGGCGACGGCUGCAUCACUCGCGACGAGAUGACCGACAUCGUCACCGCCAUCUACGAGCUGACGGGGCGCCUGGUCGAGCCCUCGGCCGACGACGCCACCGUCAACGACAAGGUGGAGCGCAUCUUUCAGAAGAUGGACGCCAACAAGGACGGCGUGGUGACGCUGGAGGAGUUCCUGGACUGCUGCUCGCGAGACGAGGACAUCUCACGCUCGAUGGCGGUCUUCGAUUCGGCCUUCUGAUCGCCACCGCCGCCAGCUAGUUUCGCAACCACCGCGGCUGCAGCACCUCAUCCCGAACUCCGAAGAACCGGCUUUUUCUUUUGGAUCUGAGAGACGCCUCUGUUCAGAAAUAAAGCAGACCCAUAGAUUCGGAAUGGAACGUCACGUUCUGAACGAGGCGGGGAUAUAUUUUCUUUGUCAUAUCUUACAUGCACGAUGGGAGCGAUAGUUUCACUUGCACCAAACAGUCGUCGUAAUUCGGACCUGCUGCUUACUUUUUGCUGAUUAUCGCUCACUUUUAUGCUGUUCCUACUUGGUGUACCAAAUUACAGUAUUCUUUUAUUUUGCAAAAUUGAUCCUAUGAACUCUAAGUUCAUCCUGCUUUUGUGUAACUUGAAGGUACCAAACUGAACUCUCCUCAGAUACAUAUUUAGAUUAUAAACGAAAAAAAUAUGUCAUUUCGUGACGCAGACAUCCUCAUAUUCAAUACAUUUGUCUAACUGUUCCAGCAAAUUUUUUAUUUCAUGGCGAAAAAUUGUUUUUACUUGUGGCCAGAGAAGAAAUGCACCCGAAUCGUAAUUUUUCCAGGUAGAUUUGGUCCCAUGAAACAGUUCUAGGAAGAAAUCUAUUUCAGUGUUAUUUAGCGUCAGGAUGGUUUCGAAGCACCGCACGCAUAAUCUGGUCUCCCAGUAUACAACGUGCCUCGUAUGAAACCCCUGAACAAGGAUCGAUGUGCACCUGACGUCCUUCUCACAAUAUUAGUAAGGCCAGUGUCGUGGACAACGACAGCUUUUGUACUUUUGUAGUUAAACGGAUCUCUCCGCUAGUACAUCAUUAGCCCGCAGUUAUCGUCAUACUUUCCCAACGUUCUUUAUGAAUUCAUCGAGAUUUUAUGACGCCACAAAAAUCAUUUUACAGCUUUAUGUUCUACGGUGCACAAAGAAUAGCGUCAUGGCUUCUUAUUAAGCCGAGGGUGCCAUCUGUCAGAAAACAAAACGCAUUUUUAACGAAUGUUUAUUUCUCUCGCGGGAAUUUGAAAUGCUCGGAAACUGCAAAUGGAGUAAUCAUUUUGAAUUUCGUGUUACUUUUUGCAGAAUGUUCGUCAAAAACAGUGUUAUGCUUAGACAGUUUCAUAGUAGAAAGACACCCCACGAACGAAUCGCUCCUUUGGUGCUUGUAUCAAACCAAUAAUUGAAGGUUUGAAUUCCUCUCUUCGUAUCAUACAAAGAGUCGGUCAGCACAUGACAUACAUUAUUUUUCGACCACUGAAGUGUAAAAGCUACUGCGUAUUUUCCUACGUAGAUUUGUUAAAUUACUCGAGAGUCAAGUAGGAAGUAGCACUGCUCCGAGGAAGUAAAUAUAUUUUUGUAUUGCAGUACCACAUAUCGUAAUUGGCACCCCAGAGGAGCGCAGCAGUCGUGUUGCAGCCAACAGAUGCAUAACUAAAAUGACUCCACUAAAUGUGUGAGAGUUUGCUUCCCGACACAUCUGAUCGUCACCUGGGUCUUGGUUUCGUCUGUUCAGAUUUGUAGCGCACCACCUGCUGCCGGUGAAUUAGUGAUAACUAGUUUAACACAACGCUACUAUUUUUCAGUUUGCAGAUUAAGUUACGUACUCAAACUGCAGCUAGAGAGUUGCAAUGAAUCUCAAAUUUUAACGCCAUGUAAAAAAGGUGGUUGCAGUAAAUACGUCGCGAGAAACACCAAACAGUCACAAUUAAGGUACAAAUCAUUUAUUCAAAGAGCAUCCAUAUUCCUACAAGUUCUACAGGAUUUGUUUGUUGAGAUCUCGUCAUGUGCAUUUUUAUCAUCGAAGUAUCAUUUUUAUGUGGCCACCGGGCCGAGCCAGUAUAACACAAAUUUAUGUAUAUACUCGAUACGUUUUUGAUGUAGAAUUUAAUGAACUACCGAUAACAAGCACUUACACUUGUUAUUAAUCACUUAACGGCAUAACACGUAAUAAACUGUCAAUCUUCGUUUGUCUCUGUGACCCCAAACUAAUGGAGCUCAAUAGAAAUCUGACUUACAAUUUCUUUUUUUCGAAGAGCUUAGUUUAAAGAUAAAUAUAUUCGCCAGUGUCUGCCGUCAUGAGAGACAAUGCAGUUUCAAGUAUAUCAUACAGAUUAUGGAUAGACAUCACAGUUUGUGAUUGCUUUGCAGUUAAAUUAUAAUGGACAAGGUUUUAUUCAUUUGCUAAUUAUUAGUAAUGUUCAUUGGUUAUCGGAAAACCGGCGAGACAGUUUUUCUUCUAAGACAGAUUCUGAAAGGGUUUUACUGAUUUAAGUGAUUUAAAAAUUAAAUUUUAAAUUACAAGUUUGGCUACUUGUAAUACUAGUAAUCUUUUACUUUGAUUGGUGUUGUGAAAGUACUGUUCGAGAAGUGUUUCUUUUGAUGCGAUAAUUUGGAGAGAAAUUAGAGUUUUCAGUGGUAUAAAACUAUAAUCUCGGCCAGGUCCUAGAGAAAAUAACCGCCUAUUCAGAAACUAAAACUCCUGUAUUUUUUACUGUACCUUAACGUGGGCGCCGCUCGGAACUAGUAGUGUCGUCUUAAACUAGUUGUCACUAUGAGACAAGCAGGAGGUACUUCGUUACAAAUCUGAGUAUUUAGAUACAGUCAUAUGAUGCAACAGGCAAUGACUUGUGACAUACUGCUGAGUUAUAAUAGGAACUGAAGUCAUGUUUGCAGCCAGGGAUUCAACUAUUUCUCUUUCCAGAUGUUUUCAGAGAUUCUUUUGCCAUUCAUUCUCCAAAAGGUAUCAUAAUACAGGAUUGCGUUGAAAUGAAGGUGUGAAAGUAAAGAAGAUUUAUCCUUGAACGGAAUGACACGGUAUCCACUAACCUAUGCAGUGAAGGGCAAUUUCAUAUUUUCGCUUUCUUCAGAUUUCAAGUGUAUAUAUGGUUGACGUUGUGGGUUCCAUGGGAACCCAGAGGUGACAUGACAAAUGUUUAGACGUCAGUGUACUUCAUCCAAGUCGCUUCGCGACAAGUUUUCCUUUGUCCAUCCCAGAGCAAGGGUGAUACGGUUCACCAAAUCGGCCAGCUAGAUACAAGGCAAUGGCUAGAAACGUACUGGUGAACAAGACCAGCGACUUCAGACUCUGAAAAAAUAGAAUUAGCGUAAAUUGUAUUUUACAGUGCUGUUACCCCAUAAUCAGUAAUUAUUCGCUGAAAAAAUAACGUUAUGAAGGAAAAGAAGCCUAUUCUGCAUACGCAUGAUGUUACUACAGAUGUUGUCCUAUACAAAACUAGUACGUCAGUCUCACAUUUUGUUGUUCAAGAGGCCGUCAGCCUCUGGUGAAACAUGCGUAUUUUCUUCGGCAUCUGCAACAAUCAAUGACUUUAUUUUAAAGAUACUUUCCAAUGAAACUUAAGCUGAAACAAAAAUUACUCACAUCUGAUUUUCUGACGUAUUACUACCUUUAGAGACUCUGACCGCCCUUUUGCUCUUGCCGUUUGAUUUGAUAAAACCAUAUAAAGCCAUUUUAUGCAUAUUAUACCAGGAUGCUGCUAUUUUUUAAACUUUAUUCAAUAGUUGUACAAUAGGCGAUGAGCCUACUUCUGCUACAGUGCCGUUUUCAGACGAUCUGCUGUUAUAUAGCGCUAUUGGUAUAUACAGUUUUUAUGUUAAAUAUCUAAUUGGUUUUGUAACAGUGUGUCGAGUAUUUACUUACAUAUCUCAUUGUUGACGUUGUAGCUGUCAAGUAUUUCUGCGUGUUGUAUUUGUAGCGUAGACUGAAUUGUUUUUGUUUAUAGAUUUUUUUUCGGUAGUAGUCGUUAAGUAAUACAUGUAGAAAAUUUCAUUUUCUAUAAAUAUAAUAACUUUAUUUGGAAGAAGUCAUUGAUGUUCUAUGGUUACAUAUUUAUCGUGUUUAUCUAUGGAAUGGAUUCUGAACUUAAGCAUAAAAAAAUUAUUAAAAAUUUUUAUCGAAAUUUUAGAACGUGAUAACAGAUAACAUGAUAAGCAAAUACUGCUCACACAAAGCCACACAAUGAAUCUACAACCUCAACACAAUUCCAUGGAUAGAAAAGAUAAGUAUGUAACCAUACAACAUCGUUGACGUUUGACAAGUAAAGCUGCCAUAUUUAUAGAAAAAGGAACUUUCAACAAAAAUUACUCAACGAUAAUAUCUACUGUUGAGAAGAAAUAUUUGUAAAGAAAAACAACUCAAUCUACGCUACAAAUAUAAUACUCAGAAAUAUUUGACAGCUAGAACGUCAAAGAUGAAAUAUGAAAUUAAGUACUCUACACAAUUUCACAAUACCAUUGAGAUAGAUAACGUGAAGAUUAUAUACACUAACAGCGCUAUAUAAUUGCAGAUCGCUCGAAAAUGGCAAUGCAACAGAAAUAAAUUUAUCGUCUAACUCUACAAGAAAAAAAAAGCAACGUCCUGGUGUAAUAUACAUAAAAUGUCUUUACAAGAUAUUUACUACGCUGCAGGCCCUGAGGAAUACAAAAUGAUCCAAACGUGUUUACCACUUUAGAGAGGUGUCUACAAUCAUUCUUCUGCUGCUGCGCAGCAUGUAGAAUUUUGCUGGAUCUGGAUUGAGUAGCUGGCAAACUUUGUAUAGACAAUGUGAGUGAUUCUAAUUCUGUUAUGUAACUCACCUUUCUUGCUUCGAGGAGACCAUUCUGUGAAGAAGAGCAACAGAUGUAGAUGUAGCGCUUUUGGCGGUGUGUGCAUGAACCACACACAUACAGCAUUAAACAAGAAGUUUACGAAGAUCGUCCAUCGUUACAAAUUGUAGCGGAUCGAGCAUGUCAAUACAAUUAGAAAUAAAUCAGCUUUACUUUCACGCCAAACUUCUUCAAUAAUCGUUUAUUAUGUCCACAUACUGCAACAAUGUGGAUUUAGACUGCUAGGAUCUCUGUGUGUGCAGAUGGCAGUGUGAAGUGAAUUGAUGAGAGGAAUUGUCUGUGUCAGUCGGAAAACGGUACACACUCAGCUGUAUCUUCAAUGGAAUAACCAAUGAAACCUAAUGCACCCCAGUUUCAUCUAUACACACAUUCAUGGCUGGCUGCCGUUAGUAUGUCAGUAGUAGGCACUGACCUUUUACUGCGUUGGCUUUGUCCUUUAAUCACUGUAAACCAAUAAUAAUUAACUUCCCACAGAACGACAACCACUCUGCAACUUCUGGCGUCCCGGAGCUAGUCCUGAGGGAGGAAAAGGAGAUGUUAUAGGUCACUGUACACAACAUAUCCAAAAGAACUUUUCAUUGUGAGACACGUAUAGAACUGAUUCGAAUUCCUUAUGCAAGUUAAAAAUCGGUGUCACUCAUUCCUAGAACACCGAUCAUACAUCCCCUGUGAACCUACCGUACGAAGGUCUUAACCAAUUAACAAACUGGUUUGUGUCACUUCAUCUCUUCAACGACCUUCGCAUCUACUCAGAAGCUACUUGCCAAGUUAAUCUAGAUACCCAUACAAGUGUUAAAUGUCUUACGUGUACGAUUAUCUGUGCUCUUCGUAGGAGAUACGUAUUACCAGUUUUCUGUGCAGUUCAUAUGUGGACCAUUCUCAAACAUGUGUACAUUGUGUUUGUUUACGGAGGACAAUCAUAAAUCAGAAGUGAGUGUGUUGACUAGUACAUUAACAGUGUUCGUGUUUUCACCACACUCAAGCCCCACCGAGCGUGAUAUGGCGACACAUAGAAGUCUGAUUCAAAAAUGAAGAGCAACACAAAUCUUUCGGAACAUAAAAUACUUCAGAUUUAAACUGUUAUAUAUAUGUUGGUGUUAUUCAUAUAUUUACUGGAUGAGAUAGUGUUGUUUCUGAAGGUAAGUUUACAAUAUAUUUAUUAUACAUUUAGAUACGAAGGGGCAAUAUAUUGUCGUUGAAAAUUCAUAACAUACUGACGUUGUAACUAAAUUAUAUGAAUGUGGAAAAUUAAUUUAUUGCAUAUAUAUAUAUAUGUAUACAUGGGAAAUUAGCUAUAUUGUUGUAAAGCAAAAUUAAUAAAAACUAUCGACAA